AGUUCGGCUUAAAAUAUAUGAAGGCCAUAAGGUAGAGAUUUCAAACCAGUAAGCUUCUGGGUCAUCUAUUUAUAGUAUACAGGGAUUAGAAACAGUAUUUUGAGGAGAAAUAGAAAUGGGUUUUUCAAGAUUGCUGCUUUUCUUUUAUCCCACUUUCCUUCAACUUCUAGCCAUUGCCAUGGCACAGGCACCUCCUCUGUUUUAUGUUUGUGGAGAAAGUGGCAAUUUUACCACUAAAAGCACCUACCAAUCAAACCUUGAUCGCACCCUCGCCUCCCUCGCCUCCGACACUAAAAUACCCUCCGGCUUUUACAACGAUUCAUCAGGCCAAAAUGCAAAUAAAGUUAAUGCAAUUGCACUUUGCAGAGGAGAUAAAAAGCCUGAAACUUGCCGUAGCUGCAUAAACAACUCCAGCCAAACGCUGAGGAACCUCUGCCCCAACCAGAAGGAGGCUAUUGCUUGGCGGGAUGAUGACUGUAUGUUAAGGUACUCAAAUCGCUCCAUAUUUGGGAAGAUGGAAUUUGAUCCUAAACUUAUUCUGUACAACAUUAACAAUGUCUCCGAAGUAGCCCAAUUCAAUCAGGCGCUGAACCCUCUUUUAGCCAGCCUAACGAGUCGAGCUGCAGCUGGCGAUUCUCUUCGCAAGUUCGCAACUGGUCAUGCAACUACAGAAAACAACGAAACUAUAUAUGCGCUUGCGCAGUGCACUCCUGAUUUGUCGAAAGAAGAUUGCAGCAAUUGCUUAAACAACGCCACAGGAUUGUUUCCACAGUGUUGUGGUGGGAAGCAAGGCGCCAGAGUUGUUACACCCAGCUGCCAUUUUAGGUAUGAGAUAGAGCUUUUCUAUGACUCGGGGGUGGAGGAGAUGCCACCAUCACCAACACCUCUUCCGGUGCUGCCACCGCCACAACGAGCACCGCAGCCGGGGGUGGCACUCUCACCACCAGCUGCACUGACGCCUCAAACACCAAGUGGUGAAUCUAGUACAACAGGAAAAGCAAGAAACAGAGUUGCAGGGGCUUUCAUUGCCGGAGUUUUUCUAUUGUUGUUUUGGUAGUAUCAGUUCUGCUCCCAAUAGUGUGGCUCUGCCCUGUAUUACUUGCAAUGGAGAUUAUCUUCUUGAAUAAUAACUCUCAUCUUAAUUUCA